CGGUGAACUCUAAACUUAGUGAGCUGCCUAAGUUAGCAAGACAAGCGUUUCAAUGAAUGAGCGAUUAUAACCGUGGACAUGUUGCCCAAAAAAUUAAGCAGCUCGCUGAGACACGCCACUGACCGGGGACCAACUUCCGUUUUAACAGAUACGGUUUCAUUUUACCCGUUUAGAUUCGCUCGCCUCAUUACACUGUAAACUAUAUGACGUCGUGGUCUAACUGUGACAUUUACCAUAGUCCUAUUUGUGUUGGAAAUGUGUUUUCGCUUAGUACAAGUCUAUUAGUGAUAUUUUCCAAAAAAGAGAACAAUCUAUAAACAGUGAAAUCUUAAUCGUUUCGAUAUUGUGAAUAAAUUAAAAUGAUGCCUAUCACACCGAGGUCGUUUUUACCACCACCAUUGGUUAUCAUAAUGUUUAUCAAUGUCACAGAAGUCUCAACGAAGAUUUUGGGAUGAAAUAAGAAAAUAAAGACAUUGUGAAUGCAAAGAACGAACAUGUUCAAGCCUGCUAACUCUCAUUUGCUGUUGUUGGAUCAGAAGUGUGCUAAAUGUCUGUUAGAGACAUAUGUUAAGCGGAGUCUCAGCCUCAAUGAAGGAUCCAGGAAACAUCAGCUGAAACAACUCAAGAGGGUGAAGCAAGGAAGCCAGGCCAGACGGGCGUCCAGUGACCCCUCCACACACUGCCUGUCAGCAGACAGGCUUCUGAGUAUCAGCAAGUGCCCAGAGUGCGCAACACCACCAUCUGGUUUACGGUGUAGGGGCCAGAAACCAGCAAUCAAAGCCAAGAGGCGUUCUCCAUUUAGAGGUUUCCUUAACCUCUUUUCUAAGAAGAAAGUGAACAGAGAAGGAGCUUCAGAAACAGACUGUGGACAGUCUACAGAACGGAGGGUUGACACUUCUUCUGAAAGUUCACCUGGCCUCUCUGAGACUCUGAGGAAAAAACUCUCCCUGAAGAAGAUCUUGCUCCGCGAUCAACAUGUUGAGCAGAGAGAGUCAUUACAAACGGACUCCACUCCAGUUCCUGGCGGCCUUGAAGGGCUUUCAGAUGUGAGUGUGGACUCCAGUAUUACAUACUUUGAGAGGGUUUCAGAGGAAUUGGAGUGGAUUGUGAAAGAAAUCCAGUUUAGUCCGAAAGAUGACUUGCCGCGCUCACGCUCACGCAGCGCAUGCGUUGUUGAAGAUUGCAGCUCUUCAGGUGAUGACAAUACAGAGAGGAUUAUCAGCUUGCUGAAACAACAUGGAGAUAUUAUUGAUCAAAAAAUCAGCAAGAAUAAGAGUGUCCAGGACUUCCUCCAGAAACUGACGUACAGCUCCUUCCAGCAGCUGGCAGAUCGCUAUAUAGCCCAGAUCCCCAGUCCUCUUCCCCAGACCACAGACGCCUCCCCUGAGCUGGUCAAGCUCGCCUUCACCCUGGACUUCACUGCUAAAGUAGCUGGACUGUGCAGCCAGACGGUCGGUCGGAUCAUGGGGUUUGGUUGUCAAUACCUACAGGAUUCCUUCACACAGAUGUGUGCGGCCCACAGACAGGUACCUGAAGAUUUGGAAGGACAGAAUACCUGUGAUCCAGACUGACAGCUUAUUACUGUGAAGUCAAAAAUGACAAUAGGGUAAACUCUGGAAAAAAAAAAAAACAACUGUGAUAAAUGUGUAGCUGCUUUUGUGAACAAGCCAAAUAGUAGUAUGCUUAAGCUGUAAGCUUUAUACAAUGAACAGUUGUGUUACCAUUGUAUAAACUUCAAGGACUGAACCUAAUGUUGAAACUGUGAAUGAGAAAUGUUUCUUGGGUGCCAAAUCAUCUGAAUGAUCAUGUGACACUGAAGACUGGAGUAAUGAUGCUGAAAAUGCAGCUUUACUGUGACAAGAAUAUUUAUUGUAAUAUCAUUAAAUUGUAAUAACAUUGAAAUAAAUGCAGCUUUCUUUAAAAAAAAAA